CCUAUCUCCCAAGCAAUGGCCACGAAACUGCGCCAGAGCCUCUUUGGAAACACAGUCCAGGUUUUCAGCUGUGACUGGACAAAGGCCUAUUUCAGGUUUCAUGAUCCUUUUUCUGACCUGGCUUUCGCUUUGGAAGUGGGAAAGGGAGGUGCCCGUAGCAUUCAGAUGGCCAUACAAGGAUCCAUCAUUAGGUACUUGUUGUUUACAAGGAAGGGAAAAGACAGUAACUUGCUCAGUUUGUGUGCAAUAAGCAAGCAGGAACAGGAGCACGCCCUGGCUGCCGCGCUCGCCGGUGUCCUGUGGGCGGCAGGAGCAGCUCAGAAAGCCACCGUCUGCCUUGUCACUGAGGAGACUUAUGUCGCCCUGACUCCUGACUACUCUGGGGAUGGCUUCACUGAACGGCUCCAGCUGUUUGAACUUGUAGAGAAAGAAGCCACUGAGAAAUUCAUCUAUGAUCAUUUACAAUGUUUCAAAGGGGAAGGAAGCCAUGGUGUCAUCUUGUUUCUUUACAGCCUGAUCUUCUCCAGAACAUUUGAAAGGCUUCAGAAGGACCUAGACGUCUCCACCAGUCAGCUGCUACAACCAAAUGCGGGAGGCUUCCUGUGCGGGCAGGCAACUUUGAACAUGAUUUUAACUGGAAGAGCAAGUCCACACGUCUUUAACGGCUGUCAGAAAGGAGAGUCUCAGGAAAUGUUACACGGCGUCCUGACCCGCAGUGACACCGGCUAUCUGCAGUGGGGUAAGGACACCUCAGAGGAUGACAGACUUUCACAGGUAGGCAGCAGGCUGAAGACUCCCAGGUUACCUAUUUGGCUGUGUAACACCAACGGAAAUUACAGCAUCCUUUUUAGCACAAACAGGCAGCUCUUAUCAGACUGGAAGAUGGAGCGUCUCUUUGAUUUGUACUUUUACAGUGGCCAGCCCUCGCAGAACAAGCCUGUGCAUCUUACAAUAGAUACUCACUCCCAUCACUGGGAAAGGGUCCAACAUGAAGAUGAACACAGACCAGGAAGAAGGUUUUCUCCAGUGGAGAUGGUCAUCAGAACCAAGUGGAGAGAGGCCACCAUCAACUGGAAUGGAAGUGUGCCCUUUUUCUAA